GGACAAAUUUGACCUUAAGUUGAGCCUCAGAUGAAAAUAAAUUAUUUUGUCAUGACUCAAAACACUAAACCUGUUUAACGGGUUGGAGAGGGGCGUGCAGGAAGAGACGCGCACACACAUACACACACAUACACUUGGGCAGUCGUCAAUGGGUGACGUCAUCACGAGUUUCAGUGAGGUGAAGAAUGAGGAAGAUCCUGUCCCCCGGGUGAGAGAGGAUAGAAGUCACACACACCGUCUUCCUCUCUGUGUGAUUGACGCGCACUCAGCGGAGAGCUCGCGCACAGUUAACGGGGACGUGAUGGUCUGCAGCGGCAGCGACGGCCGGUGCGCACGGUUUGUGGAGCGACGCCAGUCCGCGCUGAAUUUUGCGCUGCUGGUUGUCGGUUACAUCCUCUACCUGCUGGUCGGCGCCGGGAUCUUCUCCGCCAUCGAGCGGCCCUACGAGCAGGAGCUCCGCAGCGAGCUGAAGGCGGCGCGGCGCGACUUCCUGAGCAACAACAGCUGCGUGUCCGACGCGCGCCUGGAGGAGCUGCUGGCCCGCGCGCUCGAGGCCAGUAACUACGGGGUGACGGUGGUGGGGAACAAAAGCGAGCGGAACUGGGACUUCGUGUCCUCCCUGUUCUUCACCAGCACCGUGCUGACCACAACAGGUUAUGGCCACUCGGUUCCUCUCUCAGACGAAGGGAAGGGCUUCUGCAUGUUCUACGCCCUCUUUGGCAUCCCAAUCACCCUUUUCCUCCUCACUGUUGUGGUGCAGAGGAUCAUGGUCCUGGUGACUCGGCGCCCAUUGGCCUAUUUCCACCAUCGAUGGGCCUGGGCUAAAUCAAAGUUAGCCGCCGUACACGCUACCUGCCUUACCAUCAUCAUGACCCUGCUCCUCCUCCUCAUCCCUGCGUGGAUCUUUGUCAGCCUGGAGAAGGAGUGGGAUUUUAUGGAGUCUGUGUAUUUCUGUUUCAUCUCUCUGACAACCAUUGGCCUUGGGGAUUAUGUCCCUGGAGAGAACCAGAGUGGAGAGGACCUCCCACACCCAGACCUCUACAGGCUGGCCAUUACAGUGUACUUGCUGCUGGGCUUAGUGCUUGUGGUGGUGCUGCUGGAGACGUGUUACGAGCUUCCCCAGAUGAGACGCUUCACACAGAGGUUCUACCUAGAAAAUGUCCGGGAGCUGGACUCCGAGACCACCAACAUCAUCGACCAGGACCACCUGAGCUACGAGCAGAGCGACCCCUCGAGUCCCGUGACCGAUCACCUGCCGGUCAUCCCUUCUGUGUCGGAGCAGGCCGCUUCCUUACGGCUGCACAGCAAGCCGGCGCCUCGCGGCGAACAGGACCUCCUCUCAAACUGAGUUGACGGAUUGUCUGGAAAACAUUUGAGCAUUUGACAGACGGGCAAUCGAAAUCCGGCUUUGACCUCUAUUGUUCAUGUGUGUGUUUCUAAGGAGCCUGAGCACACGUGCGUGUACAUGUGCGUGUAAGCCGGGUCACUUAAUCACUUAAAAGGGGCUUUCUGCCGUUGCCAACACCAACAGACAUUGUGUGGCGUAACAGAGGAACCACCCACAGAUUAUCGGGACGGCAUUGUGUUCUCGGUCUGCUGUGCAGCUCCCGUUCCCAUGAGCUCUAUCCGUGACACAGAGGAAGGGCUGGACCCCCCCAACGGAGGGAAACCCCACAAGGUUCCACUUCCUGCCAACGUCUUGAUGGUGUAAUUCCAAAGUGGCACAGUUUUCACUCGAGAAUUAUAUAUAAACGAUGGUGGUAUUUGCAUUAGGAAAGCAGCACAAGGGAAUCAGGCGUACGAUCAGUUGGUCGACUGGAGAUUAUGUCAUCAGAUUCCUUUAAAAGGUUAUUUAAGACAAAAUAAUAACAAAAUAGUUCAACAGCACCAAACUGCAGCCUCCAUAAUUAUCAUGAAGUUUAAUCAAUGUUUUUCUUAAACGAUAACAAAAUUAUGAUUUCCAUAAAGGGAAGACUUAUUGCAGGACUGUUGUAUUAGACUGCAUUGGUUUUAGCUAGCUGUAUCUCAUAAACUGGGCAUUGAUUAUAAUUUUAAUGGAGUAAUCAUACUGCUCUUUCAUCACAAGAGGGCACUACUUUCACUUUAUGCACAAAAAGAGAUUUUGUUACUGGGAUUUUGCUGCUGAAGGUUUUAUAGAAAAAUCUAAUGUAGGCAUUGUCACAACUGAGGGUUGCUUUUUAAAUAUAUUCCAUUUUACUCACGAGCUAGUGCAACAGCCGAAACAACGGGUUAAAAUCACAAGAAAUAAAAGAAUGCAAUUUGUAAUUAGUUUUUUCCGAAGAUGAUUUUUGUCAAUUUGCAAAUUUUAUGAGCAAAACUUUGUCAUUGUUUUUAUAAAAUCCUAUUAGAUGUUUGCAUACAAUGUAAAUAAAUAAUGCAAAAUUAAACCUU